UCUCAGUCACGUGAGUAAACACGGAACUUGCGCUGUGAGCUCAGGCUGUGUUGGAGCGGACUUUUUAAUGUUCUUUUUAAACUAUAAAUGGUUAUAAACACGUUAUUGUGUGAGAAAAGACUCAGUGAUGGUGGUGUGUUUUCUGAUCCACACUGUGGGCGCUCUGUCCCCCUGUGAGAGUCGGGUUCUGUACUCUCGGGUUUUCGGAGUGGAGGAGGAGGAUGAGGAGCUGAGCGGAGAGCUGGAACCGGAGAAGAGGAGACUGGCUCGAAAAGAGAGACUGGGGGUGGUGGCGAGGCAAGUGAGAAGUGCGGUGUGUCUGAGCCGAGAGGCGUCAGGCAGCGUGUGUGUGGAGGCUGUGCUGGGUGAGGAGGCCGUGGCCCUGGGUGAGGCAGAGUGCGGUGUGUUGUCUUUGGGCCGCGGGGAGCCGUUUGCAGGGCCGAGCGUUGCGCUGUGGCUGGGGGUGCAGGCUAUGGCCUUCACUAUGGUGUGCCAGCCACAUGAGAACCUGCUGCUGGCGGAAGGAACCCUGCGUAACCUCACCCGCCACUGCCUGGAGGAGCUGCGCCUGCUGGGAACUGGCAGUGAGGUGCUGCUAAAAAGUGACCGGGUAGAUGCAAUGCUCCAGAGACUCCUUCCUCACGGACAGCUCCUCUUCCUCAACAACCGCUUUGCUCAAAACUUGGACAAAGAGCUGUCCAGCUACAUGAGCAAAUGAGACACCUGGAUCAGAGCUAUAUCACCGGUACAGUGGGCAGAAUAAAUCAGGUGUUUUGCAGAGCGACUUCAAAACUGGCUUGUGAUGUUUUACAAGACGCGAAUGAAGAGAGACAGUUCCGUCCAGAAUAUCCGAAAAAAAGAAUCUGAAAAAUUCCUUUUGAAGACUGAAAGAAAGUGUUUGAAAGAUUGCACCUCAAAGAACUAUCUAUGCCCAAAUGGUCUUCAGAACUGUUUGAAGGGCUGUGGUUGAAGGUUUUUGAAGCAAAUUCUAAAGCGUGUUGUUUUUCGUUUGGACAAGUGUUAGAUAAUAACAGAAGCCUUAAGUGAAAAUACAGAACAGAGAUCUUCUGAUAUUCUAAAAAUACGUUGUUACAUUCAGAGCGGGUGUUUGUGGCACGUUCAGGCGUGAAAUAAGCAGAGUGUUGUGUAUGCUGUGUGUAUAUAUAUAUAUAUAUAUAUAUAUAUAUAUAUAUAUAUAUAUAUAUAUAUAUAAACGUGUAUAUAUAUGUGUGUGUUUGUCUCAGUGUGCAGUGGAAAUCACCUGUUAGUCUCUGAUCCUGCAGUCUGAUGUGUUGUUGUUCGAGGAGCCAGUGGGUGGCACUGUGUUGUGGUCUUCUGAGCUCUGGAGAACCUCCCUUUGAAGCACAGUUACCAGGGUAACACUUCAUAUCAAAUAGUAAGGCUGUGUUACUUCAGAAUCUAAUAAAUGGGAUGAUCAACA